GGAGUGCUUUCUGAGUUUCCCGAUCCCUAUCCUACUGCUUUCACGCUAGAGUUAAUAGAGUUACUUGAUCGGGAGGCAAACUCACAGCUAUUACAUUUAGGCUGGUCUCUGACAACAAACUGAAACGAAUUCAACGACGUACAACAAGAAACAUUCAGGCAAAACUAUUCGCAAGUUGGGAGAAGUAUGAGAACAACGAGAAAACCGCUGCUCAACUACUCAGGACGUGCUCGCGUUUGAAUGGACCAGCGCGCUCUAACUGAUCAUGAACGAACUGAACUAGCGUGAAGGACAUGCGAAGUCCAAUGAAUCUCAACACGAGACACAAGCGGAGGACUUGAUGACAAACUCUGAAGAUACUGAUAAUUAUAAUGACCAGACGAAUGAGCAAAUAGUGCAGUUCAAGGUUGCAGGGUGCUCCAGUUCGUCUCACUCAGGGAAGGGAAAGCUCUCGUAAAUCAAGUGAUCAAGAACAUUUCAGUCGGAAGCCCAGACGUCUGUGAAAUCGAAUGUUACCUUGACAACCGCUGUUUGUCUUACAACCAUGGUGACCAGAGUGGAGGAAGAUCCUUGUGUGAGCUGAGCGAUUCAGACCAUAAGCAACAUCCUAGUGAUCUACAAGAACGGCUGGGAUAUAUCUACCUGGUAACCGAGGUGCAGCCCUUGAAAUAGAGAAAAUGGAUAACCUCGAUUACCGUGCCAUCUGACCAGUCAUCAUGAAGGAGAUUUCCAGCAGACAACGAUGUGUCCGAUUUUAGGAAAGACUAGACACGAGUGACAUGUCAUCUGACAUGAUGUUGAAAGUAGCACAUGGAAAGUAUUUGAAUGCCUGGAAAGGAGUGCCAUUCUUGAAGGAUUGUCUUAGUCUCGCAACAGUGCAGAAGUUAUUUUGGGAAGAGAAGCCUCAGACAGUCAUCGAGCUUGGCGCAUGGAAGGGUGGAUCAGCCUUGUGGUCAGCAUAUAUGCUGAAAAUUUUAUGUGUGAAGUCACAUGUCUUUUCUAUGGACAUUGAUCUUUCUCUUCUGGAUCCAGUCGCCAAGGAAUGCCCAGAUGUAACUUUCAUUGAAGGAAAUUCGAAUGAAAUCGAAAAAUACUUCCCUCCAGAAUUGCUUCAGACUCUCCCACAUCCUUGGUUCAUUACCGAAGACGUGCAUAUUAAUAUAGUUGGAGUACUGAAAUACUUUGACAAAUUUACGGAGCCUGGUGACUACAUCUGUAUAGAAGAUACUAAUCCAUCAGCACCAAACCGGCCUGGCCAGGGACUAAUCAAAGAGCUUGGGUAUACUCCGUUUGGACAUUCGAAACUUGAUAAGUUAAAGGAAUUUAUGAAAACUCAUUCAGAGAGAUACCUUGUUGACCAACUAUAUACAGACCUCUUUGGGUAUAAUGUUACGUGGAACUCAAACGGUUUCCUCAAACGCGUUUAGAGGUCAUUCAUCGUGUCUCUCCUUGGUUUCAAGAAAGAAUGAUAGAAAUCAUUCAAAAUAAGCUUGGUCAAUUCAUGGAAUAAAAACUAUUUUGAAACAAAUUAGUAGUUAAUGAUUCACUUCGCAGCAACAGUCGCCUGCUAUUGUAUUGGCAGCUUCUGCUUCCAAGUAUUUUGGUCUUGGAAAGGUAAACUUAUGGGCACCUUCAGAUUAAGUGGUUUGUGACUUUUUAGUUCGAGAAAAUUGCACCUUGCCUGAUUUCGUGGCUGAACAGAUCAAUAAACAGAAGUAUUAAAAUUAUCUAGAGUGAAACUCGUUGAAAGUCUUGUGGGAGGAGGACGGGACAACCUUUGAAAAUUCCUUUUACCCACGUGAACCAAUUCUAUCCUAUUAACGACUGUGAAUACAUGAAAAUCAUAUCUGUAAACUGCGGUUUUUAAGAAAUGAAUAUGAAAGUGAUCUUCGCUGUGAUGGUCACUACUUAAGCAGUAGUGAAAGUGAGGCCGUGAUCUGAACCUAUGACCUCUUCCUUUCUGUAUAAAAUGAUUGUGACGU